CAAACAACUAGGAAUGCGUGCUGAUGCAGAGUAUACAUAUGUGCGUGUGUGUGUGUGUGUGUGUGUAAGCAUGCACGCGCAUGCGCAACCGGCCUAUGGCUACAAUCGGCGACCUGCGGUGACCGACCGGCUCAUGAGUUACGAGUUACGAUCCCUUUUCCUAUAACCGUAUGAAAGGGCAGGAGUUUUAAGUGUUCCAACAGUCAAAGGCGGAAAAUUGUAAGAACUCAAAUAUUGUGUGAAAACGAAACGAAAAUUAUAGGACUGAAAACAAGGAAAGAUGUGCGAUAAAAACAAGGAACGUUACGUAAUUAUUCGUUUUACGGACGAAAAUUCAAAUUCUAAUAGAAUUCUUGAUUUGGUCCCACUCUCGUGGGUGCACGGAGAUGAAGAGAACAGGUAUACCUGCCUAUUCCCAGGUCCGUGCGAUUACGACCACAUAGACAGUUGGUUAUUAUCUUUGAAAGAGCCCGAGCAACAUUGGGAAUCUUUUACAAUAGAAGUCAUUGCAUACGCAAAAGACUUGAAACAAGGGAAAAGGCGGCUCAAGCGAGCCUUGAAGUCCGAUAAAAUUCAAUGCACUGAUGACGGAUGUGAUGAAGGCCAACCUAUUAAAAUGUCCACAGAUGCCGUCGAAAAAAGUUUGAAUGCUGUAAAACCCUUCCAACACUGGAGUAAGCCUUCUUCGGCAUCAAUAAAUUCGUUGCUUACCAUCCAGCCAAAAACGAAGAACAAUCCAGGGAUAUGCUCGACGGAUGAACCAACGGAGCAAACAGUAGACAUAAUGGAUAUUCCUUUUUUAGAACAAACUGCCGCGAUAGAUAUAAUAAAUCUACCACCAAUUUCAGAGAAUGUUUCCGUUCAGAAGGAAUACAUAGAUCACAAGUUUGAACAACUGCAAGAAGCAAUAUUAAGUCAAAUAAAGUCUGCCAAAAGAAGCAUUAUAUAUGACCUGGACAAAAAAAUUAAUGAAAUCAAACAUACAAUUGUAUUAAACAGUCCAACAGGAAAUACGGCACAAGGUGGUGUAGAGAAAAUCAAAAGCGACUUGGAAAUAAUUUUGCCCACAGUAACAUUGGAAGAUUUUUUGCAACUUGAAAAUGCAUUAAUGAAUUCUGAAAGCAAAAGAGAAUCAUUAAUGUCAUUGUUCCGAAUUUUAAUUGCUGGUGAUGCAGUCGUAAAAGACAGCAUUGCUAAAGCUUUAGAAUCAGUGAUGGUCAAAGCGGUCGAAUUGCAAUAUUCGGGAACUGGAAAAAUAAUUAAAGGUCACGGAAAAAGAAAUUUUAGUGCGACAAACACAUAUCUAUGUUUAAGAGAUACUUUGAUCGAAAAAUAUGGAAAUACCCUGGAUGUAAAAAAAUUACCGGGCCAGGUGGGCAUGUGGCUGUCCAGAGCUGGCGACAGAGAAGGCGGCCGAAAACUACGAGAAAAUAAUGUUGAUAAUGUAUAA